AUGAACAUCAGCCUCCGAUCCAGUCAGUCCUCCUACGGAGACCCUCGCUAUCUGUCUACCGCGACCGUCUCCGAUGUCCACGGCCCGCCUGCCAAAUCCCUGGUCGAUGGCUACCGCGAUGCCGUCCACCCUGAGGAUGACCAGCCGCGGUACAAUCCGCUCAACCCGAGUCAUCCGCGAAGCUCAGCUCUUUUGAACACCAGAGACCCAGUCAUGAUGUACCUCCUGACCGAGACCGCCAUCGGCGAUAGUACCAACUAUGAAGUGCUUUCCUUUGACGAGGUGGAACAACUCAAGAAAGAGCGCUCCCUCCUUUCAACUCGCAUCGAGAGUACCAAGAGGAAACUCGCCAUGGAAACCAAGAUUCGUGAUGCAGCCCAAUCCCUCGGUCGCCUCUACAGCCCUCCAAGUCCCCGGAACAGCGGCGAGUACGGCGCCAACGGCACCGACAAGUCGCAUCGGCGGAGCCGGAGUAUAUUUGGACGCAGUGGUGCCGCAGAAGCCCUGGAUAAGAGUGACUCGGAACUGGCGAUGAGCCAACGGAGAUGCGAAGAGCUGGCGCAAGAACUGUGGAGGCUGGAACAAAAGUCCAACCAGAUCUCUCAGCGCUUGCUUGAACAUACCGCGGGUGUUUUGCAGAUGACCCACAAGGGUUUGAAGAAGGCGCCGAAAAACGUGGAUGGUUUGGAUGGUCUUGACGAUGGGUACGACUUUGAUGACCGCAGCCUGUACCGGACGACGGAGCAUCUGGACACUUAUGGAAUGAACGGGAGGAUAGAGAGUGCGUCUAUGGGUGCAGCGUUAGAUUCCGAAUCACAAAAGAGGCUGGAGGAGCUCAGCGAGCGCCUGUGUAAUAUGAUAAUUCAGGCCAACCCGGACGAAUUCGUGGAACCACCACCGCACCCUGGUGGUCCUUCCUCCACUGUCGAAGCGCACAUCGCAUACCUCGAGAACGGCCUGCAAUCGCUUCGCUCCUUUGGCUCGGCUAGAGCCUUACCAGUCGAUGCAGGUGUUGCAACCCCCAAGACGGAAGGCGCUUGGAAAGCGCAGCUCACGGAUAUUAACAACCGAGUUCAAAGCAUCGUUGAACGGUUUGGCUUGACCCGAUCUCCAACUCUGCCUCCGCCUCCUGCGGCGUCCGAUGGUGAAGGCCUGCAGGAACAGCUUUCUUAUCUCCAGGCUGGCGUGGAUGGCCUCGCCAGCCGAGUGGAUGGAUUGCUCGAGCAGAAGAGUAUCCUUACCACCCAGAUCCAGCAGCAGCGUGAACUUAACAGCAAGUCGGAUGCGGAACGAGAUGCCCAUAUUGCAGACUUGACCGAGCAGUUAGCCCAGGUGCGUCGGGACUACGAAGCUUCUGAACAUGAGAGUCAGGCCCAUCGGGCGGAAUUGGACGCGGUCAUGCAUGAGCUGGAGGCUCUGCGCCACGAUGGCUCCCCGAACGACGAGAUCAAGGCUUCUCUGGCGCAGGCCAAGGGAGAAAUUGCGCGCCUGCAGGGUGUCGUAGACUCGCUGCAUGCCGAGGCUGAUAUGCGUGCUGAGGAGGUCAGGGAGGCACACGACCACACGGAGGAAGUGAGAGAAGCCAACGAGCGCGCCGGGCAGGAAGUUGCCCAGCUCGAGGCUGAAAUUCACCAGAUUCGUAGCGAAUCGGAUGCUCGCUUGAGAGAGGCGCUUGAUCAACGUGAACAGGCUGACGCUUACAUGAAAGAGGCGCUCGGUCAGCGCGAUCAGGCCGAAGAGAAUGCUACUCGCCUGGAGAAGGAGAUGACCGAGCUAGAAGGCGAGGUCGUGCGCAUCACCACUGAGCUCACCAUGGUCAAGGCCGAACUCGACGGCGCCUACGGCACCCGUGCCCAGCGUGCCGCCGAGGUGGCUGCCAACCCCGAGAUCCAGAAGGAGAUUGAUAGCCUGCACACACGCAACAUUGAGUUGACCGAGGAGCUGGCCAUGCUCAAGGGCCAGCAAGGCGGCGGUGACCUUCAGCAACGGGCUGAUACCCUCGAGAAGGAGCUCCGGGAGACUCUCGAUGACUAUGAGGCCAUGACCAAGGCCAGCAUCGAGUUUGAGAAGGAGCGUGAGCAGUUUGAGAGUCUUAUUGAUUCGAUGCGGGAUCGCUGCGAGCAGUUAGAGCAGCAGCUCAACGAGGAGCGUAUCAACUGGAUGAACUUGAACAGUCCGGGCUCCGUGGGCCGUGAUGGAUCGUCCGAGACUACAUCGACAAUGGUGCUGAAGAAUGAGUUCAAGAAGAUGAUGCGUGACACGCGCAAUGAAAACAUGAAGAUCCUGAAGAGGGAACAAGAAGAGCGCCGCAGAAUCGAAGGAUUACUCCGAGCCCUCAGAAAGGAGCACGCUCAAGUGACUGGCAAACCCAUUGCCAGUCCUGUCGGUACCCCAUUAUGA